UUUGGCCUCAUUCAAUCCUCCUCUCCACACAUCCUCGACAUUGUGGCCACGGAUCUGUCUUCGCCGAAGGAACCCAUGAGACUUGUCUGCAGCCAUCGACACAAGCAGGAAUUCAAAUCCUAAUGUCUUAACAUGACAACUGGCUUCAACCACCUACCAUGAGUGAUACAAAUACAGACGCGGUAUUCGGCGCUUGAGAGACAUACGAGACUCACCAAUCUAAAUAUCAGAAACCUGCCUUCUCACUACUACUACCCUUGGUAUAAAAGAUACGGCGUGGUCCGUCUGCCUCUCCUACCCACCUCACCUGCGCCCUCAGAACUCGCCCACUGAACGAACAUUUCCAAAGCCGCUUCCAACAUCAACCUGCCAAAGCUGUGCGAUGCCCUCGGCCCCGCCAUCACCGCCUCCUCCCUUGCCAUCCUUCAUCUGGCACCUCGCGGACCUCUACAGCGCGUACAUCCUCCCGCGCCUGCCUGAACCCGUGCAGUCGCUGUCCAACCACCUGUCGCCCGUGGCCAUGUCGGUCGCCUCGGCCGCGUCCAAUGGCGACAUCGUGUCGCUGGCCGCCUUCCUCCUCGCCGUCUACCUCGCGCUGAAGAUCGCCGACUACAUCCGCCGCUCGGUCAUCGGCUGGGCGAUCCUGCUGGUGAAGCUCGCCCUGGUGCUCGUGCUGCUCAACUGCGUCUUCUACGUCAACCGGUACGGGUGGCACAAGGCCCUGGCCGACGCCGAGUGGCUCGUCGGCCUGGUCUGGGGGUUCGUCGAGGAUAAAGUCAUGAACGCCGCGGGCGACGGGACCGACAACCGGACGGGGUGGUAUGCGGGGGGCGGGUCACAACAUGGAUACGGCGCACGGGGUCAGGGUCAGAAUCAGAACCCCUGGGGUGCGUAUGGAGGUGGAAGACAACAAGUCCCUGUCGGGCGAGGCAAGCCGAAGGGGAAAAGUAGCUAUGGGUGGACAUGAGCAUGAAGUUCGAUUUCCUCACGGGUUGUAUAUUGGGGAAAAAGGUCUUGUUUGAAAACAGCAUUGGUGUAAUGGAGGGGAAUCCACUUCGCGAUGGUACAAAAUUCAUUUCUGGGUAUCUGUUCUACUCUUCCCGAUCGUGACCUUGACAUGCACAACCAGCCCCAAG